AUGAUUAAUGAGCUCGUCAACUCCUUGUUAGACGGAGACCGUCCUGGAACACCAUCGAAAGCUGAAGAUACAGAAUCUGAAAAAGUGAUACCCUCACAUCAUGCACGUCACAGUUCUGUUUCGACAGGCUACGGUAUUUCUCCUGUAACUUCAACUCCUCAAAGUCCGAGCGUAACGGUGCCUCCUCGAUAUAUUCCGGAAUUCUCUUCAUUUGAAGCAGUGAUAUUAGAUAUUGCUCCAAAGGAACUCGUACUUUACAGUAAAGAAGUCCAAACUGAUGAAAAUUCUUUUGGACCAUCACCACCUGAUGAACAUGAAAUUCGUGCUAAAAUCUUAAAAGAACAAGAAGAAAAAGAAAAGGCACGUCAAGCUGCUUUGGAAGAAGAAAAAUUAAAAAUCGAAGCGGAAAAGAAACGAGCACAACAACUUAAAGAUUUAUCGGAAGAAGAUAGAAAAAAGAUUCUUGUUUCAAAUGAAUUUGCUAAAUUUAUUGAUCAUUCAACUAAAAUUGUUGAACGAGCGCUUAAUGAAAAUUAUGACUUUAUGAAAGAUUAUUCAAUCAUUAAAGAUAAUGAAAAUGAUGAUCAAUCAGGAUCUAGGGUUAAAAAUUUACAUUCGUUCUUUGAUGAACGAUGGACCAAAAACCGGUCAGUCACCGAUGUAAAUUGGUCACACAAAAAUCCUGAACUAUGCGUUGCUUCAUAUAAUAAAAAUCCUUUUGCAUUGAAUGAACCAGAUGGUGUUGCUUUAGUAUGGAGCUUACAAUUAUUAGAUCGACCCGAAUAUAUUUUCCAUUCACAGUCGGACGUUCUUACAACCAUGUUUUCCGAAUUUCAUCCAACUCUUGUAAUAGGAGGAACAUAUUCAGGCCAAAUAGUGCUUUGGGAUAUGAGGGCAAAAUCUUUGCCUGUUCUCAAAACACCACUCUCAGCUUCUGGACAUACUCAUCCCGUAUAUUCAAUGCAAAUGGUUGGAACACAAAAUGCUCAUAAUCUCAUCACUGCAAGUACGGAUGGAUUAAUUUGUUCCUGGCAAUUGGAUAUGUUGGUCCAACCACAGGAAACACUAGAAUUGGUUCACUCCGAACAUAGCAAGACUGAUGAAGUUUCGGUUACAGCACUCGGUUUUCCGGAUAAUGAAACUGCUGCCUUCUGGGUUGGAACCGAAGAAGGUGUUUGUUAUCAAGCUAAUCGAUAUGGACGUGCUGGCGGUAAAGCUGGUAUUAAUCAAUAUGAUGUUUACAAAGGACAUUGGGGGCCUAUUACUGGUCUUCAUUUCCAUCCUAUUUCUGGACCAGUUGACUUUUCAGAUUUAUAUUUGACUUCUUCUGUGGACUGGACUUGUAAAUUAUGGAGAGCCAAAUCAAUUUCAAAACCAUCAACUUCACCACAAUCAAUCACUCCAUUAUAUUCAUUUGAGAGUGCUGAUGAUUAUGUUUAUGACGUUAAAUGGUCUCCUAAACAUCCAGCUCUGUUCGCUUCCGUAGAUGGUACAGGAAAAUUUUCUGUGUGGAAUUUGAAUAUUGACACAGAGGUACCAAUUGUAAGUACCCAAGUUGGAAGCCAAGCCAAAGCUUUGAAUAAAAUUAAUUGGGAUAAAGAAGGACGAAAGACAGCAAUUGGUUCUUCAGAUGGACGUAUUCAUAUUUAUGAUAUUGGAGAGUUGGCAUACCCGCGCGAUGACGAAUGGUUUAUAAUGCAAAAAACAAUUUCCGAAAUGAUUAAUACCACCGAAAGUCAUAGCGGAAGAUAUGCAAUUGCUAAGUAA